AUGGGCCAGUCUUUGCAGAAACAUUACCCACCCAAGCUUUUCCCUGGAGAUAUCGUGGAGUAUCCAAGGAACAAAUACUUCUCCCACUUCGCCAUCUACUAUGGGGAGAGGGAUGGCGUUCGCUAUGUGGCUCACCUGACAUCUCGAGAUUCUGACUCCAAGCUCCCGCUUUUUGGUCGGGCCUUAAGGUCAGAAGUCAAGCUGGAUCCAAUUGAGCUGAUUGGGAAGAAGUACAAGGUGAACAACAUGCUGGAUGACUGCUUCCCGGCCAGAGAUUAUCACAGUGUUGUUAAACAAGCCAUUGAUGACAUGAUGGGACAGGAAGUGACCUUUGACAUUUUGUUCCACAACAGCGAGCACCAGGCGACACUCUUCAGAUAUGGAGUAAAGAAGUCACAGCAGGUUAAAGCUGAUCUGUUGCAGAUUGAGAGAAUAUAUGAACACAUCAAGCCUGCAUGGGAGAAGUUGUUUGAGGAGAAGAAGCUGUGA